CUGCUUCAGAGCUGAGUCACUUCCCCCCUCUCUUUCUCUCUCUCUCUCUCGCUCGCUCGCUCAGCCACAAUGCUUUCAGGGGACAUUCCUCCAAAUCAAUCCAUUUACAUCAAGAAUCUCAACGAAAAGGUUAAGAAAGAAGAAUUGAAAAGAUCUCUCUAUUGCUUAUUUUCUCAAUAUGGAAGGAUUUUGGAUGUUGUUGCCUUGAAGACGCCUAAGCUUCGAGGACAAGCAUGGGUUGUGUUUAGUGAAGUUACAGCUGCCAGUAAUGCAGUUCGACAAAUGCAAAACUUUCCUUUUUAUGAUAAGCCUAUGCGGGUACAAUAUGCCAAAACAAAGUCAGAUUGUGUUGCUAAAGCUGAUGGAACCUUUGUUCCGAGAGAAAAGAAAAAGAAGCAAGAAGAAAAAGCUGAAAAGAAACGACGUGCUGAAGAAGCACAGCAAUCUGCUAAUGCUAAUGGUAGAAAUGCUGAAACUAAUGGUGGCCCAACUCCCCCCUUCCGACAAGGAAACCAGGGCGCACGAGAACCUGAGGCAGCCCCAAACAACAUACUUUUUAUUCAGAAUUUGCCCCACCAGACAACAAGUAUGAUGCUGCAAGUGCUCUUCCAACAAUACCCGGGUUUCAGGGAAGUCCGAAUGAUUGAAGCAAAGCCAGGCAUUGCCUUUGUAGAAUUUGAGGAUGAUGUGCAGUCCAGUAUGGCCAUGGAGGCACUUCAGGGCUUCAAAAUCACUCCUCAGAACCCCAUGGCCAUAGCUUAUGCCAAGAAGUAACUAGCGUUUUCCUUGGUUGCAGAGGAAAUGUAAUAGUUUCAGAGAUUUUGAUGCAUGUUAUAAUCAUGUAGAUGUUUGGGAAAACUAGUUGUAGAAGCUGUAUCCAUUUGUUUGAUUUUCACAUUGAAGUAACAGAACAGGAAAUGCAAUGAGAAAGAAACGUACGUUUCAUUAUUGAAACUUUCACCAA